AUGGAAAAUGUGAUGGAGAACGUAACUGAAAAGGGCUGGGAAAUCGGUGCUGUUGUAAGUGAUGAUGCCGGUCAAUGUCGCCGGGCGCGCUGCAUUCUAGCACUCCGGUGCCCGCGUAUUGCGUUUAUUCAUUGCUUUGCGCAGGAUAUAAACAACUUGGUGAAAGCUGCUUUAAACUCGGCUUUUAAAAUACUGACGAAGAAAGCAUCGCUCGCGACUGCGACACUGAAUGGAUCGUCGUCGAAGUGGCUGGUUCGUGCUCAAGCCGUAGUUUUGGCUAUUUAUGGCAAGCAAUUGGGCUUUAUCAAUCUCUGUGAAACACGUUGGAAUAGUGUGCAAGGCUGCUUUGCACCCCUCUUGCGUGUUAGAAAUGCACUUCACCAAUUUUCGGUUAGGUACAUCGAUGACCCCGAGUUUCCAGAAGGUCUCAAGAUUUUUGGUGAUACAGAUUUCUGGGAGAACUUAAAAUCUGCCGAAGAAGUUAUCAGACCUCUCUCCAACGUUUCCUACAAGUUAGAGCGCGAUGAGAACACGCUUGCAGAUGUAGAGCCUCAACUGCGUCUUCUAGAGAGACUAUGUGGAUACGGCAUUUACUUUUAUCGCCGCUACAUCGCUAAAAACGAUGAGGAGGAUAUUGAGAGCUUGCUAGUUGACUUUCACGAGUGGUAUCGCGGUAGUUUCGUAGAUCAGGCACUAGUUCGCUUCAAUGGAGACGUCGGGCAAUUCUGGAGCUUUGCAGCAGACGUCAAACGCGAGUCAAAACUACCGAGGCUUGCGGCAGUGAUUCUUUCAAUCGCCGUAAACACUGCAACUUGUGAACGAUAUUUCAGCGAGCUGGCUGCGAUUCAUACUGCAAAGCGGAAUAGGAUGAACCCCGAAAAAGCGCGCAAGUUUUCUGUGGUGAAGCGCCAGUUGGCUUUCACGAAUAAGAAACUGAUUGAUGGGAAAUGA